AUGUGAAAAAGUUGCUGGAAAUUGGAGACGCUGGAAGUCCGAGACUCUCCGAAAAUUGGAGAUGCUUUCUUCAUCUCUCAGUGCCAAUCAAAAGUCAGAUUCCAUCGCUCCUUCGCUCAUCCUUUGAAGCUCAACAAAUCUGAAGUAUCAAAAAGAGCUAGAAUAGACUCUCUCUCAUACUCUCACUCGUCUUAUAAUGGAAGGAAUCCUCUUCCCGAACAGGCCAUCAUGUCCCAUUUCACCCAAAAAACCAACACAAACGCACGUUUGCUCGAAAUUCAAUCCACCAACUUUACCUCUCCCUCCUCCAUCCCCAUCUCCACCCUCAUUCCCGUUGGAUUCUCUCCUCCAACACCUCCACCAUCUCUCCUCAUCCCCUAGUAUAGCCCAGAAGCCCAAACCCGUCAAGCCACUACGAACUACCAACACCAAUUUUCCUCGUCUUUACAUCUCUGUUCCCUCCCAGCAGCAGCACCAGAAAACCCAUCUCAAGAAACCCUCUUCAGUUUCACUCCCGAAGUUGGUAUACAGCGCAGAAGAAGCGGUAUCUUCAGAUGGGUCACUUGGAUUUCUAUCAAAGAAGGACAAGGCCAUGUUGAAAUCAAUUUUAGAACAGCCUGUCUCUGGUUUAAACAUUUUCUUUGAUUCCGUUAAGUUCGAGUUAGAUGAAGUUGAUUUCAUCAGUCUCUUGAAAGGCUUAGACCUUUCAGGCAGUUGGGAAAAGGCCCUUCUGUUGUUUGAAUGGGUCGUUUCCAAUUCACUCCCUGAAAUUGUAGCAGUGGACGACCAGGUUAUUGAGGUAAUAGCUAAGAUUCUUGGGAGAGAGUCUCAGCAUUCAAUUGCCUCGAAGCUGUUUGAUGCAAUUCCCAUUGAGGAAUACUCACUCGACAUGCGAGCCUACACAACUAUUCUUCAUGCUUAUUCUCGCACUGGCAAGUAUGAAAGAGCAAUUAGUAUUUUCAAGUUUAUGAUGGAGAAGGGCCUCUCUCCCACUCUGGUUACUUACAAUGUCAUGUUGGAUGUUUAUGGGAAGAAGGGUCGUUCUUGGACUGAAAUUCUUGGCCUCUUGGAUGAGAUGAAAAGCAAAGGACUUGAAUUUGAUGAGUUUACUUGCAGCACUGUGAUAUCUGCUUGUGGGAGGGAGGGGCUGUUGGAGGAAGCAAAAAAGUUCUUCAGCAGAUUAAAGUCACAGGGCUAUGUGCCAGGGACUGUCACUUACAAUGCUCUACUUCAAGUCUUUGGGAAAGCAGGGAUGUACCUAGAGGCAUUGAGCAUUUUGAAAGAAAUGGAGGAAAACAACUGCCGAGCUGAUUCUGUCACUUACAAUGAACUGGUUGCAGCAUAUGUGAGGGCAGGAUUCUAUGAGGAAGGAGCUGCUCUCUUAAGCACAAUGACUUCGAAAGGGAUUUUGCCAGAUGCUAUUACAUAUACUACUGUGAUUAAUGCCUAUGGUAGAGCAGGAAAGGAGGACAAGGCUUUGGCUUUGUUCAAGCAGAUGAAGGAUUCGGGUUGUGUUCCUAAUGUGUGUACGUACAAUGCUGUCCUAGGAAUGCUGGGGAAGAAGUCACGAUCAGAAGAUAUGAUAGAGAUACUUUGCAAUAUGAAAGCAACUGGAUGUGCCCCUAAUCGUGUUACUUGGAACACCAUGUUUGUCAUAUGUGGUAAUAAGGGCUUGCACCAGUAUGUGAACAAGGUUUUUCAGGAGAUGAAGAGAUGUGGAUUUGAGCCUGACAGGGACACUUUUAAUACUUUGAUUAGUGUUUAUGGACGCUGUGGAUCUGGAACGGAAGCUGCUAAAAUUUAUGAUGAAAUGAUUAAAGCUGGGUUUACUCCAUCCAUUAAGACAUACAAUGCACUUCUAAAUGCACUUGCUCGGCGAGGGGAUUGGGAAGCAGCAGAAUCUGUCAUUUUAGACAUGAGGAAUAAGGGAUUCAAACCCAGUGAAACAUCAUACUCAUUUAUGCUUCAUUGCUAUGCAAAAGGAAGGAAUUUGAAGGGAAUACAGAUGAUUGAGAAAGAUGUUUAUGGUGGUCGUAUCUUCCCAAGCUGGAUGCUUUUGCGAACUCUUAUUCUUGUAAAUUUCAAGUGUAGAUCACUGCUGGGCAUGGAGAGAGCAUUUCAGGAACUUCUAAGGAAUGGGUACAAACUUGAUUUGGUUGUAUUCAAUUCAAUGCUUUCAAUUUUUGCUAGGAACAAGAUGUACGAGCAGGCACAUGAGAUGCUGGACUUGAUUAACAAGACUGGUUUGCAGCCAGAUCUUGUCACCUACAACAGUUUGAUGGACAUGUAUGCUCGAGGAGGGGAGUGUUGGAAAGCAGAAAAAAUUCUUAGGGGACUGCAUAAAUCUGGUGAAAAACCAGACCUUAUCUCCUACAACACUGUCAUCAAAGGGUUUUGCAGGCAAGGGCUCAUGCAGGAGGCUGUAAGAACCCUCUCAGAGAUGACAACUAGAGGUAUUCGGCCAUGCAUUGUUACAUUCAAUACUUUUGUGGCAGGUUAUGCAGGUCAGGGAAUGUUUGCUGAAGUAAACAAUGUGAUUAGCUAUAUGAUUCAGCUCAACUGUAGACCUAAUGAGCUAACAUACAUGAUUACUGUGGAUGGCUAUUGUAAAGCAAAGAAGUUCAAAGAAGCAAUGAACUUUGUAUCAAAAAUAAGGGAGAUGGAUAAUUCCUUUGAGGAUCAAUCUGUUAGAAGACUCAAGUGUCGCAUUCAGGAGAAUGUGGGGUUUUGACUUUAAAUAUCCUUACAACAUUCAUUUGGUUUAUGUUGGGGAGUUCUAGUGUAGAUUGAUUAUGACAUAUGACAGUUCGUGUAGAACAAUCCACCAAUUGGUUUUUGUUUUUCUUUCAGAGUAAGUCACCCUAUCCUCAUUUUAUAAUAUUAAUUCGCUUCAUAGA